GGAGCCAGCCCUUAAAUGCUAACUCCUCAUAGUCGAAGGCUUGGUCACUGUCCCAAACAAUGCCACUUGGAGAGCACUGACACUGCACACUCCCACUACAGUCGUUGCCUUCUUACUUUGCUCAGCUCAGCCUGUUCUACAGUUACACCCUUUGAUUCAGCAGCUCUCCAGCAGUUCCCAAGAGACUCUUUGAGUAACUGGGUGAAGCACCGUCAUGUGACUACAGCUCUGACAGUCUGUCUGCUUGAUUCCUCCCAGAUGGAGUCAACAGAGGAAACAGAAUCAGGAAACCACACUCUGCUGACUGAAUUUGUCCUCUCUGGAUUGUCCAGCUGCCCAGAACUGCAGCACUUGCUGUUCUUCACAUUCUGCUUAGUUUACACCAUGACUGUCGUUGGGAACCUUCUCAUCUGCGUGGUCACGGUGCACCCCACCCUCUGCACGUCCAUGUACUUCUUCCUCCGGGUCCUGGCCUUCCUGGAUGUUUCCACAGCAUCGACUGUUGUCCCCAAGAUGCUGGUAAGUUUCCUGUCAGAGGACAGGAACAUCCUCUACACGAGCUGUGCCACGCAGCUCUACUGUGUGAUUUUCUUCGGAGCCACUGAAUGGUACCUUUUGGCAGCCAUGGCCUAUGACCGUUACGUGGCCAUAUGCAACCCCCUGAGAUACACUGUCAUCAUGAAUGGCAGAGUUUGCCUUUCCUUGGUCCUGCUGUCCUGCUGCAGUGGCAAUGUUGUGUCUGUGGUGCAGACAGCUUGGGUGUUCACGAUGCCCUUUUGUGGGCCCAGGAAGAUUAACCACUUCUUCUGUGACAUUCCCCCGCUCAUCCUGCUCUCCUGCACUGACACCUCACUGUAUGAAAAGCAGAUGGUUGCAGCCACAGUGCUGGUCAUCUUCACGCCAUUCUGCCUCAUCCUGGUGUCCUAUGCCUGCAUCAUCUCCAGCAUCCUGAAGAUUUCCUCUGCAGAGAGCAGACACAAGACCUUCUCCACCUGCUCCUCACACCUUAUUGUUGUAACAUUGUACUGUGCAAGUGGAACCUUGAAUUACUUACGACCGAAUUCCCGUAAUUCACAAGACACUAAGAAAGUUGUUGCUGUCAUAUACACAACCAUAAUUCCCAUGUUAAACCCCCUGAUUUACAGCCUGAGGAAUAAAGAAGUGAGAGAAGUACUAAUCGUAACUAUGACUGUGUUGGUGAAGAAAUAA